UUCCUAUUUUGGUGACCGGACUUCCGGAAUAGCAAAUAAAGUUAGAUCUAUCCGUUUAAUCUGAAUCAAGUUUUGAAUCUACAGAAAUUUACCUGGAAAUAAAUUCAUAACUAGCUCAUUAUGUUUACAAACAAGAUGACCAAGUGUAUGCAGCAAAUCUCAAAGAACUGUAUAAUUGCUCGCACUUUUAUUACUGCUGUUCCACUUGCAAAUCAAUCAAAAGUAACAACAAAGUUUGUUGAUAAACUAAAGAAUAUUGUUGGAAACCCAAAUGUUUCAACUGCUGAGGCUGUUAGAGAACAACAUGGACACGAUGCAUCUCAUCAUGAUGUUCACAUGCCAGAUGUUGUGGUGUUUGCUGAAUCUGUGGAACAUGUAAGCAAAGUUCUCAAGUUGUGUAACGACAAUAAAGUGCCUGUUGUUCCAUUUGGAAGUGCAACUGGUUUGGAAGGUGGUGUCAAUGCAUUACAGGGAGGUGUCAGUCUAGACUUGAUGAAAAUGAAUCAAAUAGUGUCAGUUCAUGCACAAGACUUUGACUGUUCAGUUCGUCCUGGUGUGAUGAGGGUAGCAUUGAAUGCUUAUCUCAUGGAUUUAGGUCUUUGGUUUCCUCUGGAUCCUGCAAUUGAUACAUCAGUCUGUGGUAUGUGUGCUACAAGUGCAUCAGGUUCUAAUGCUAUACGUUAUGGAACUAUGCGUGAAAAUGUUCUAAAUCUAGAAGUUGUUUUGCCUGAUGGUAGGGUCAUUGACACUGCAGGGAAAGGUAGAAGGUCUAAAAAAACUUCAGCUGGGUACAAUCUGACUAAUUUGUUUGUUGGCUCAGAAGGAACCUUGGGAGUUAUUACAAAAGCUACAGUUAAACUUCAUAGCAUCCCAGAAAAGAUUAUAGCAGCAGUUUGUCAUUUUAAAACAAUUCAAUCAGCUAUUGAUACUGUGGUACAGAUUCUUCAAAGUGGAAUUCCCAUGGCGAAAUUAGAAUUUUUGGAUGAUAAAGCAGUUGAUGUCUUCAAUAAACAUGGCAAAUUUAAAAUGCCUGUAGCCCAAACCUUAUUUUUUGAAUUUAGUGGACCAGCACUGGGCCUAGAAGAACAGUUUAAUACUACUA